UUCUUUGCUGGCGGCCUAAGAAGAAGGAUGUGCUCCGCCAUACUCUCGAUCCAACAACCAGGUCGUUCAGCCGCAGAUUAGCAGGCCGCCUGCGCUCCCAAGCUCCUCCUUUCCCCUCAGCCUCCCCUCCUCUCCGGUGUACGUCUCCGUCGAGAUGGCCGCCCCGCUCCGGCGGAGCCUCCCCUCCCUUGGCCGCGCGCUUCUCACGCCGGCGCCGGCGCGGAUGCUCUCCGCGGAGGCCUCUGAUGCCCUCGUUGAGAUCAAGCCCGGGGAGAUCGGGAUGGUCUCCGGCAUCCCUGAGGAGCAUCUCCGCCGUAAGGUUCUAAUUUAUUCACCAGCUAGGACUGCAUCCCAGCAAGGUUCAGGCAAAGUCGGGAGGUGGAAAAUUAAUUUUUUGUCAACCCAAAAGUGGGAGAACCCGUUGAUGGGAUGGACAUCUACUGGGGAUCCAUAUGCUAAUGUCGGUGAAGCAGGACUUACGUUUGACAGUGCAGAGUCAGCAAAGGCGUUUGCCGAAAAACAUGGAUGGAAUUAUGUGGUUCGGAAACGCCAUGCACCUCUUCUGAGGCCUAAGGCCUACGCUGAGAACUUCAAGUGGAGAGGCCCUCCAAAAGCGGAGCAAGCAUGAGCUCGAGACAUCUGUGAUGCUGACAUUGGCACGAUGUCGUUUUCCUCCUGGCUCGAUUUUAUUUUGCUUUCAACCGUGCCCAUUGUUAAAGUACGAACUAGAGAAUGCAUCUAUCAAACUUGUAAUAAGCAUGAUGUGCAAUCAAACAAAAUGGUGUACUUGUACUUCCAAAACGUUAAUUCGUGGAUGACAUUGCUUUUGCAA